AAAGUCAGAACAUACUGGCUGCUGAGGGAGUGGACGAGAGCUCCACACCGACGCUUGUCUGCGCAUUUCCCCGACUUUCCCCCCAUCCUGUACUGGCUUUAUUAUCCGAUUUCCGAGUGGACGGACCUGAACUUUUUUGACAAGGAUCAGGAAGCUGUGCAGGCUGUGGUUUGAGAAAGGAACAUGGCUUCCCAGGCUGAUCUGAUGGAGCUAGACAUGGCUAUGGAGCCAGACCGCAAGGCAGCCGUCAGUCACUGGCAGCAACAGUCCUACCUGGAUUCAGGCAUCCAUUCUGGGGCCACCACUACUGCGCCUUCCCUGAGUGGAAAGGGCAACCCUGAGGAUGAGGACGUUGAUAACCAGGUCCUAUAUGAAUGGGAGCAGGGCUUCAACCAGAACUUCUCCCAAGAACAAGUACAAGACAUAGACGGUCAAUAUGCCAUGACACGUGCUCAACGCGUGCGUGCAGCCAUGUUCCCAGAGACCCUGGAGGAAGGCAUGCAGAUCCCCUCCACCCAGUAUGAUGGUGCCCAUCCCACCAACGUUCAGAGGCUGGCAGAGCCCUCACAGAUGCUCAAACACGCCGUGGUCAAUCUCAUCAACUAUCAAGAUGAUGCCGAGUUGGCCACCAGAGCCAUACCAGAACUCACCAAACUACUUAAUGAUGAGGACCAGGUUGUAGUGAACAAGGCAGCGGUGAUGGUCCACCAGCUGUCAAAGAAAGAGGCUUCCCGCCAUGCCAUCAUGCGCUCCCCUCAGAUGGUGUCUGCAAUUGUCCGGACCAUGCAAAACACAAACGAUGUGGAAACGGCUCGUUGCACUGCAGGGACACUGCACAACUUGUCACAUCACAGAGAGGGACUACUGGCCAUCUUCAAGUCUGGAGGAAUACCAGCCCUAGUUAAGAUGCUGGGUUCGCCAGUGGAUUCUGUUCUGUUCUAUGCCAUCACCACCCUCCACAAUCUGCUGCUGCACCAAGAAGGGGCCAAGAUGGCUGUCCGUUUAGCAGGGGGGCUCCAGAAAAUGGUGGCUCUGCUCAAUAAGACCAAUGUCAAGUUCUUGGCCAUCACUACUGACUGUCUCCAAAUACUGGCUUAUGGAAACCAAGAGAGCAAGUUGAUAAUCUUGGCCAGUGGAGGGCCUCAGGCCUUGGUCAACAUUAUGAGGACUUACACCUAUGAGAAGCUCUUGUGGACUACCAGUAGAGUUCUCAAAGUUUUGUCUGUCUGCUCCAGCAACAAGCCUGCCAUCGUAGAGGCUGGAGGUAUGCAGGCAUUGGGACUCCACCUAACAGACCCAAGUCAGAGAUUGGUCCAGAAUUGUCUCUGGACUCUCAGGAACCUGUCAGAUGCUGCCACCAAACAGGAGGGUAUGGAAGGACUCUUAGGAACUUUGGUCCAGCUGCUUGGCAGUGAUGACAUCAAUGUGGUGACCUGUGCUGCCGGCAUUUUGUCUAAUCUGACCUGUAACAACUAUAAGAACAAGAUGAUGGUCUGCCAGGUUGGAGGUAUUGAGGCCUUGGUUCGCACAGUACUCCGUGCCGGAGACAGAGAGGACAUCACUGAACCAGCCAUUUGUGCGCUGCGUCACCUCACAUCUCGUCACCAGGAUGCUGAGAUGGCUCAGAAUGCUGUCAGACUUCACUAUGGCCUACCAGUGGUGGUCAAAUUACUGCAUCCACCUUCACAUUGGCCACUUAUUAAGGCUACGGUGGGUUUGAUCCGAAACUUGGCGCUUUGCCCGGCCAACCAUGCCCCACUGAGAGAGCAGGGUGCCAUCCCCAGAUUGGUACAGCUCCUGGUCAGAGCACAUCAAGACACACAGAGACGCACAAGCAUGGGUGGUACACAGCAACAGUUUGUGGAGGGUGUUCGCAUGGAGGAGAUCGUGGAGGGCUGCACAGGAGCACUUCACAUCCUGGCCAGAGAUGUUCACAACAGAAUAGUCAUCAGAGGACUCAACACCAUUCCACUCUUUGUACAGCUGUUGUAUUCUCCCAUUGAGAACAUCCAGCGUGUAGCAGCCGGUGUUCUGUGUGAGCUGGCUCAGGAUAAGGAGGCAGCUGAAGCUAUUGAGGCUGAAGGCGCCACAGCCCCACUCACAGAGCUGCUGCACAGCCGCAAUGAGGGAGUGGCUACCUAUGCUGCAGCAGUGUUGUUCCGUAUGUCAGAGGACAAGCCCCAGGACUACAAAAAACGUCUUUCUGUAGAACUCACCAGCUCUCUCUUCAGAACAGAACCCAUGGCCUGGAAUGAGACUGGAGAGCUGGGCUUGGACAUUGGGGCUCAGGGAGAGCCUCUGGGCUAUAGACAGGAAGACCCUAGCUACCGUUCCUUCCAUUCAGGAGGUUAUGGAGGGGACUCAAUGGGUAUGGAGCCCAUGAUGGACCAUGAUCUGGCUGGGGGUCACCACCCUGGCCAGGACUACCCCCCUGUAGAGGGGCUGCCUGACCUGGGCCACACCCAGGACCUGAUAGACGGCCUGCCGCCUGGUGACUCCAACCAACUGGCUUGGUUUGAUACUGACCUGUAAAUACCAAGAAGAUGACCAACAUUACACUACACUUUCUACUAGCUGUAUCAUGUGAUCUGGAUGAACCUGCAUUGUGAUUCGCCCAUAUGGAGGAGGCGGGGUUUCAGAAAGUGCCUGAAGAAGACUCGACAACAAGCAAGAGUUUCCUGUCUAUGGGAACUCCAUGGGGACAUAUUAGAAUAAAGUGCAGUGCGGUUCUGUUCUGGUAUCUCGGCCAACAGUGGGCUGACUUCAAAUCCUGACACGACGGUUAGAUCUCAAAAGGGUUUUUGAAAUUCAACCUUUUGUCUUUUUUUAAACUUUUUAUUUACUUUUUAUUCCGAUUUUCUUUAAAGUCUGUAAUGGUACCGAUUGAUUCUAGCUUGCUUUAUGAUUAUUCUGAAUUAUGAUACUCAUCUCUUGUUUUUGCAGUCCCUUGUAUUUUAAGUCUCUCUGGUAGUGUUGAGUUUUCUAGUGGUAAUGCUCCAUCCAAGUAAAGAAUUUGAUCACAUUUUAAAUGGUGUCCAAACACUAAAAAGUUAAUCAGUUGAAUUGUAUUCUGAUGCUCAAGUGUAUCAUUGUGUAGCUUUUGUAUAAAAAAAAAAAAAACAUGAAUUGGAAAUAAUGGUCCAAAUAUUGAGCUAUUUUCUUGCUUUAAAGUUGGACACCGAAGUGUCUCUGCUGUUCCAAAGGGGGUUAGCUGACCUAGCUGGAUGGGUGUGGCUGUAGAUGACGGGCAGUGGGUGGAAGAAUGAUCUUACUGGUCUGCUGUUACAACGGGGAGGGUUUAGUGGGAGGAGCUGGUUGCUGUAGCCUGCUGUGUUCUGAAACAAUAAAAUGGACUGUCAUUUCA